AGAAGAUUUCAUUCACCGCCCUUCUCAAAGGUCUCCACCUCUCUAUCUUACUCUUAGGGUUUUUGAUCGUUCUCUCUCGAUCGCAAAAUCUCUCCCGAUCCUUCUGAAUCGGUAAUUUUCAAGGUUCCGCGAACCACUCUGUCUGAUUAGGGUCUAAGAUAUCGUCUAUCGCCCUAGUUUUCGAGUUUUUUUUUACGAGGGAUCGGAUUAUUAGGGUUACGUCGGUCUAUCUCGAUUGCUUUGGUUCAGGGGAGCAUUGAAGAGUCAUAUUUCAAGAUGGAACGGAAGACGAUUGAUUUGGAGCAAGGAUGGGACUAUAUGCAGACUGGUAUCACUAAGCUGAAACGGAUUCUUGAAGGAUUGCCUGAGCCCCAAUUCGACUCUGAGCAAUACAUGAUGCUCUAUACGACUAUCUACAACAUGUGCACUCAGAAACCUCCUCAUGAUUACUCACAGCAGCUUUAUGAUAAGUAUCGUGAAGCUUUUGAGGAGUAUAUUGACUCAACGGUCUUACCUGCUUUAAGGGAGAAGCAUGAUGAGUACAUGCUGCGGGAGCUGGUUAAGAGAUGGUCUAACCAUAAAAUUAUGGUUCGGUGGCUGUCCCGCUUCUUCUUCUAUCUUGACCGUUACUUCAUUGCUCGGAGAUCACUUCCAGGGCUGAAUGAAGUUGGCCUGACUUGCUUCCGUGACAGGGUUUAUAACGUGUUGCAUUCCAAGGUCAAAGAUGCUGUAAUAGCACUUAUUGAUAAAGAAAGGGAGGGCGAGCAGAUUGAUAGGGCUCUUCUGAAAAACGUAUUAGAUAUCUAUGUAGAGAUUGGAAUGGGACAUAUGGAAAGAUACGAAGUGGAUUUUGAAAGCUUCAUGCUUUUAGAUUCAGCUUCUUACUAUUCUCGCAAAGCAUCAAACUGGAUCGAGGAAGAUUCUUGCCCUGAUUACAUGCUGAAGUCUGAAGAAUGUCUUAAGAAGGAGAGGGAGAGAGUGGCUCAUUACCUUCACUCAAGCAGCGAGCCAAAGCUGGUUGAGAAAGUACAACAUGAGCUGUUGGUAGUGUAUGCAAAUCAGCUUCUAGAAAAAGAGCACUCAGGGUGCCGUGCAUUGCUGAGAGAUGACAAGGUUGAUGAUCUCUCCAGGAUGUACAGGCUUUAUCAUAAAAUUGCUAAAGGUUUAGAACCUGUUGCAAACAUAUUUAAGCAGCAUGUCACAGCCGAGGGUAACGCACUUGUCCAACAGGCCGAAGACACGGCCACUAACCAGAUGUUCUGGAAUUCAGUAAUUGACGUUUUAUUUAUUUGCUUUCAGGUUCUCAUCAGAAAAGUGAUUGAACUACAUGAUAAAUACAUGGUCUAUGUCGUUGAGUGCUUCCAGAACCACACCCUCUUCCACAAGGCUCUGAAAGAGGCAUUUGAGAUAUUCUGUAAUAAAACAGUCGCUGGAAGUUCAAGUGCAGAAUUGCUUGCAACAUUUUGUGACAAUAUCCUCAAGAAGGGGGGUAGUGAGAAGUUGAGUGAUGAAGCUAUUGAAGAUACGCUUGAGAAGGUGGUCAAGUUGCUUGCUUAUAUAAGCGACAAGGAUCUUUUCGCUGAGUUUUACAGGAAGAAGCUGGCACGGAGGCUCUUAUUCGAUCGCAGUGCUAAUGAUGAUCAUGAGAGAAGUAUCCUUACAAAGCUCAAGCAACAAUGUGGUGGGCAGUUUACUUCUAAGAUGGAGGGCAUGGUAACGGACUUGACAUUGGCAAGAGAAAACCAAACCAGUUUCGAGGAGUAUCUAGGCAAUAACCCCGCUGCAAACCCAGGGAUUGAUUUGACCGUCACCGUUCUUACCACUGGUUUUUGGCCAAGUUACAAGUCAUUUGACAUAAAUCUACCCAGUGAAAUGGUGAAAUGUGUUGAAGUUUUCAAAGGAUUUUAUGAGACGAAAACGAAACAUAGGAAACUUACAUGGAUCUAUUCACUAGGAACUUGUCACCUCAACGGAAAGUUUGAUCACAAGCCCAUUGAGUUAGUUGUGUCUACUUACCAGGCUGCUGUGCUUCUGCUGUUCAACACAACAGACAAAUUGAGCUACAACGAUAUCCUAACCCAACUGAACCUAAGCCAUGAAGAUCUAGUGAGGUUGCUUCAUUCCUUGUCAUGUGCGAAAUACAAGAUUCUUCUCAAGGAACCAAGUACAAAGACUGUUUCCCAGACUGAUUCAUUUGAAUUCAAUGCCAAAUUCACCGACAGAAUGCGCAGAAUAAAGAUCCCUCUCCCUCCUGUUGAUGAAAGGAAGAAAGUUGUGGAAGAUGUGGACAAAGACAGACGCUAUGCGAUUGAUGCUGCGAUUGUGAGGAUCAUGAAGAGCAGGAAAGUGUUGGGACAUCAGCAACUUGUUUCUGAGUGUGUUGAGCAGCUUAGCCGAAUGUUCAAGCCUGAUAUCAAAGCGAUCAAGAAGCGUAUGGAGGAUUUAAUAACGAGGGAUUAUUUGGAGAGGGACAAGGAGAACGCUAACAUGUUUAGGUACUUGGCUUAGAGGCAAAAAAAAAAAAAACAACUACGUGGAGGUGGGUGGUUGGGGUCAUGAAAGAAAAGGUAAUGAAUCGAAGCAUCUACUCUGCUUGUAUAUGAGAAUCUCUUUUGGAUACUUUUACCCUAAGAAAAAACUGUCUUCAAUUCUUUUGUUGGUUAUUUCCAUAACAUUUGGUGGUGCUUUUUUUAUUUCUCGGGAUGGAAAUGACCUUUUGGGGGAUUUGUUUCUUGGAUAUGAAUAUGGAGAUGGCUUAAUGAAUUUGUUGACCUCUGCUUUUAUAUAUGUUCCUUCCUUUUGAUAAUUCUGUUUGGAAUUUACUGCAAUUUUGUGUGUAAUUCUCUCAUCUAUAAAUAGUACUAAGCGAUAGCAUCAAACUUGAAAAGCAAAUUGACGUACGUGCUACCC